CGCACGGCUGCGGCGCGCGCUUCCUGUGAGGUCAGGUGGGAGGAAGCGGCCUGGGAGCCGCGGGGACUGGACGCCGUCGAGGCCUGGGAGCCGCGCCCGCAGGUGUUUUGUGGUCUGGGGAAAGGUGCAGCCCAGCAGGAACCCAUAGCUCCUGGAAGGAUGGUUCGGAUCUUGGCCAAUGGGGAAAUUGUGCAGGACGAUGACCCCCGUGUGAGGAACACUACCCAACCACGCAGCAGCACCCCUCGACAGAGCUUUCUCAAUAGGGGCCAUGGCGCCCCGCUGGGGGGUCCCGGCCCUCGCCAGCAGCAGGCGGGCGCCAGGCUGGGUGCCGCUCAGUCCCCCUUCAGCGACCUCAACCGGCAGCUGGUGAACAUGGGCUUCCCGCAGUGGCGUCUGGGCAACCACGCCGUGGAGCCGGUGACCUCCAUCCUGCUCCUCUUCCUGCUCAUGAUGCUUGGUGUGCGUGGACUCCUGCUGGUGGGCCUCGUCUACCUGGUGUCCCACCUGAGCCAGCGGUGACCUCCGGGGGCUGCUGGAGCAGGUGUGUGGGAGAGGGAGCUGCUGGGCCUUGGUGUGAGAGCAGGCACAUGGGGAGGAGUUUUGCUGGUGCCUUGAACGUGUGCUCAGAGAGCACGUUUCCAUGUUGUGUUAAGCAUGAGGCAGAGGGAGCCUCUAGUCCAACGUUCCCAAAGGAUCAGGUGAUACCCUCAUUCCCCUGAGAUGCAUUUCGGUAGUAUCAGGCAUUAAGCACAAAGUCAGAGCAAGAAAGGGAUUCCCUUUCCAAUUCUCACCCAACCCUUUUAUGCCAAGAAGAAAGUCUCUGUUGUGUGCCAAUAUGUUCUCAUGCGUCUGGAACACGGGCUGACUUCCCCAUUACUAGGGAGCAGGCCUUGAGCUUAGGGCAGGUGGGAAAAGUUUCCAGACUUUUAUAGCUCUGUUUUGUUUUAAUGGUAUAUUUUUAUUGGCUACCUUUUAUUUAUGACAAGUGGUACUGGUAUUCUACUUAUUGUGGUGGCGUUUUCAAUAAAGAAAUUUAAGUAAAAGUGA